CCUCUCCUCUCCUCCUCUCUUCUCUUCUUCUUCUUGUCACGAUUUACCAGUAGGGCCACCAGCACCCCUGCAGUGAGGCAUGGGAAGGGAAGAGCCGGUGAAACUGCAAUGAAGAGGCGGUGAAACUUCAAUGAAGAGCUGGUGAAACUUACACUUAGAAGAAGCAGGGUAGAGAGAGAGAGAGAGUAUUGAUCGUCGCUCACCAUGGCCACGUCUGUGACUUCAAGUUCGCCGCCGGUACCUUCGUCUUCCUCCCAUGUCGCGGUUGGAGCGGGAGGAGGAUCGGGAGCGGAAUUGCCAUCGGGAUCGGGAUCGCCAUCGGGAUCGGGGUCGGCAGCUUCCAAUCGCUCGAUACCGACUGCUCAGUUCGUGGAAGACGUCGAGUCAUUUAUCGCGGGGAAGGAUGUGGAUGCGACGCUGAAUCAAUUGAGAGAGAGACGAUCUCAUAUAGAGGAUGAUGCGGAGGAGGCGGCGAUAUGGAGGAGGAGAGGGAGAGGGGAGAAGGCGAUAGAGAAGAAGAAGGGAGGAGGCGGCGAUGGAGGGAGAGGGGAGAAGGCGAUAGAGAAGAAGAAGGGAGGAGGCGGCGAUGGUGGGAGAGGGGAGAAGGCGAUAGAGAAGAAGGGAGGAGGCGGCGAUGGAGAGGAGAGAGUAGGGGGAGGCGAUGAAGAAGGAGAGGGGAUGGAGGGGCGAUGGAGGAGGAGAGGGGAGGAGGUGGCGAUGGAGGAGGAGAGGGGAGGUGGAGGCGAGGGAGGAGGAGAGGGGAGAAGAAAUAGAGGCGGUGGAGGAGAAGAGAGGAAAAGGAGGCGAUGGAGGAGGAGUGGGUAUGGACGAGAGAGGAGGAGAGGGGAGGUGGAGGCGAUGGAGAAGGAGAGGGGAUGGAGGAGAGGGAAGGAGGUGGCGAUGGAGGAGGAGAGGGGAGGUGGGGUCGAUGGAGGAGAAGAGGGGAGGAGGAUAUGGAGGAGGAGUGGGACCGAGGAGGCGAUGGAGGAGGAGGAGAGGGGAUGUGGAGGCGAUGGAGAAAGAGAGGGGAUGUGUGGGCGAUGGAGGAGGAGAGGGGGCAGAAGAGGGGGGAGGCGGUGGCGAUGGAGCAGGAGAGGGAAGGUGGAGGUGAUGGUGGAGAAGAGGGGAGAAGGAGGCGAUGGAGGAGGAGUGGGGGCGAGGAGGAGGGUGUGGUGGAAAAAGAUUAGAGUGAGGAUCAGGCGGAAAAGGAGGUGAGGAGGAGGAGGAGGAGGAGGAGGAGGAGGAGGAGGAGGAGGCGGCAAUGGAGAAGA